CCCAUCAGCGUCACAUCUUGGGCAACUUCGGACACAGGCUCCUGGCAGGGGUGUCCACUGGCCGGCGCCCGACGUCACUUUGUCUGCAGCAUGUCUCGCAAGUGAGCCAUUCCGCCCGCCUACCUGGUUGCGAGCGGCUGCGGUGGCCGAUGUGCAGACUCUGGCGGUAGGUCGGUCGACCAGACAGACAGGUAUGCCAACGGACAUCGCGGGGAUCGAUCACUCGACAAGACGGCGCAGACGACGCCUUCGCGCAAGCGUCGACGCCGAUUUCCACGGCCCAAAAGAACCCUGGAUGUCUCCCUGGACGGCACCGGAGUUCGCCUGUCGACGAAGCCCCACGUCGGCCCAGAGAUGAGCGACGGGCAAGCCUUCAGCUAGACCCCAUUUCGACGGGAGACGGCUGCUCCCAAGCUUCCUUCCUAGCAGUAGUGCGCCUUCAACGCGCAGAUCCCGGCCCGCGGAACAGGGGCUGGACCAUGCCGGCAGAUGGACAGGCUGCCCUGCGCGUGAUGGGGGGAUCAUUGCACUGCAUCGCCAGCGUCAUUUGGUUUGGCUCGGGCGGAGCAUGGGCGGUGAUUUCCUCGGAACGACUUUGACAGUGGCUGACUGCAUAAUUUAAGCCUUGACGGAUCGUGGAUGGCCGACCCGCUCUCGCUCCCUGGUAGUCGGGACGCCGUCUUGCCAUUCAGCAAGUGCCUAACACGGCGCGGCGAGCUCUCCCGCGACUGUGCGACGGCGUACCUCGUACGAGGUACUGGAUACCGGCCAGCGGACCCUCGCUCCUUGCUGGCCGGCUCACACGCGGUUGCACCGCCUGUCUGUGACAAAUGACAGGAGCUGCAAGUCGAGCGGCGGGCGGCCAUGGGGCACGCCCCAAGAUCGAGUCGUUCAGUCCACGGCAGAUCCCCUUAAAGACAGUAUUGCAACUAGCUGCCACCAUGGAACCCUCGGCGACCCAGGGUAGGAAUCCGCCUACGACUUUGUUGGUUUCUUACCUGUCCUUAUUAAGCUCCUGCAACUUCCAAGUUUGUUUCUCGUCUGCGCUGCGGUGCAUCUCAAGCUAGACCAACGGCCGUCACGGCUGCGGACGACCAACGCUCGCGCGGCCUGGCGAUAGGAGAAGAAAAACUCGUGUCUUUCCGCCAUUGUGGCCAGGCCACCCAUGAUCUGCUCGCUUCACCGUCACCAUGGAGCUCACAACCUCGCUGGCGAUUGAGUCAUGGAUCCUCUACACUGUCGGCGUGGUCGUUGUCAUCUGUCGCAUGCUCUCACGACGAAUCAAGCUGGGGAAAUGGAGAAACCUCAUGAUUGAUGACUAUCUCAUGGUUUUUGCUCUUGUCAACUUUACCGGCGUUGUCGUCUCCAUCAACGAAGUGGCCAAGAAUGGCAGCAAUUACAUGUCGCCUGAAGAUGCUGCCGCGCUCGACUCGGAGGGCGUCGAGCGAGCCGUGUACGGGAGCAUCAUGACAUUUGUUCUCGAAAUCUUUACCUUGACGGGCACAUGGACCGUCAAGGCGUGUCUCCUGAUCCUCUACGCCCGUCUAACGCGAAACACUCUCACCAAGCAGCAUUUCCUGGUCAAGGUCGCCGCCGUGUACUGCGCAUUGACGUACCUCGUCGUCACCUUCAUGUUCGUCUUUUACUGGUGCAGCCCGACUUACGAGUACUGGGCGGUGCCCGUUAGGAUUAUGCAAUGUGCGACCUACUACCACCACAUGAUAUUUGCGACUGCAUGCAACAUUUCCUCCGACCUCUUGCUCUUGUUCAUCCCGAUACCUAUUAUAAUCAAAACGCGACUUCCAACCAAGAGGAAAAUUAUUCUCUGCUGUAUUCUAGGACUGGGCAUCUUUAACAUUCUUGCGGCGAUCCUCAACCGAUAUUACAACUUCAGCACGCCCAACUCGUACGUCUUCCUCUUUUGGUAUGUCGCAGAGGUCGGUGUUGCCAUGCUGGUGGGCAACCUGCCGCUCUGCUGGCCGAUUGUGCGUACCAUACUCGGAAACACGGAGACUACAAAGACGCCAUCGUACCAUGGCGAAACCAUCAGCGGUGCAGGUAGGCAGAAACGCUACAAACACCCUCUGUCCGCCGUGGGUACGACCGUCAUGGGCACGACGUGGGACAAGCUGGAGGACCAAGAAUACGGCGCGGGAACGAGUGAGGGGGCUCAAACACAGAGGACCCUUUCAGACCAGGGGAGCCAGAUCGAGCUGGUGCUGCAGGGGCACAACCAAAACCAUCAACACCAUACCGCAGUGAGCGCGAACGAGGAUCCGAGCCCGGAUGCGACCCAGGAAGUACAGCCAUCAAGCUCAGCAGGCUCAGGCGGAGCCGAAGACGUUGGCAAGGCAAGCGGCGACAAGAUCAUGGUGGUUACGACGGUGGAUGUAUCGUCGAAGUCACAGCACCAGCAAUGAGGGACGAGGGUACCUUGUAAGUGGAGGAGAUUAACAGGUCAUGCAUGGCCGGCUAGAGACGACUACCCUCGCCGGCUGAAAUGCGUUGCCAGCGGUAUGUUGCAAUUUGCUGGCACGCUGUAGCAACUUGGCGUUGUACUUUUUGGUGUACGCGAUGGCGUUUCUUAGAGCGCAGGAUACCCGUGGGCGGCACUCUGAGGGUUUCAUGCGCGGCCCAGACUUGAAAGUGUGCGCUCAUAUUCAUCUGGAGAAUAUUGUGCCUUAUCCAUCAAACCUUCGUAUUACAGGAAAGACAACGCUUAAUCGUAGUCAUGACACUACCGGACAUUACGAGCAUCGAGCCAAUAGCGGCGCACACGUUUGAUUGGGGCAGCUUGGCUUUGCCGAGCAUUGAAGAAAAGUAAAUUGACAGGACAUGCCAGAC